GUAAUCUUGAAAUUUUUCACUAUGGAAAAUGGGGAGCUGUUUGCGAUGAUGAAUGGGACUCGAGCGAAGCGGAGGUGGUAUGUAAGCAGCUGGGCUUCCCGGGUUACAUCAAAGCUACUCACAGUGGCUACUUCGGAAAGGCAAAGCGAAAGUAUUGGAUGGAUAACCUUUUCUGCAGUGGGAAAGAAAGUGAACUAGCACAUUGCCAUUUCGAUGGCUGGGGCCACAGCGACUGCGAGUCGAGCGAGGCUGCUGGUGUCAUUUGCAAGGAAGAUCAUCAGCCUUCGUCGACAGUUAAGCCAACACCAGAGGAAAGCAAACCUAAAAAAGCACCUCUUGGUAAAAAACUGGAAAUUCGUUUAGUUGGUGGACGAAUCUCGAAUGAAGGACGAGUCGAGGUACGCCUUGAUAGCGAAGGUCUCUGGGGUACAAUUUGCGCUGAUGGAUGGUCACUACUGGAGGGAAAUGUAGUUUGCCGUCAACUAGACAUGGGAUAUGCAAAUGACGCUAUUCAAACAGAUUUUUUUGGUGGGUCUAAUGAGAGUAAAAUAGUUCUGAGUGGAACGGAAUGCUACGGGAACGAGAGCAGUUUAGCUGACUGUUCGCACCACGAAAUCGUUUGGCAGAGUGAAUGCAGUGAACAGGGAAGCAAUCAUGUGGCGGCAGUUACAUGUGUAGAAAAACUGCCCGAUUUAGCGUUUGACCACGUGGAAAUGGAGCAGUCGUUGCAUCUCGAAGAUAGGCUGAUGUAUUUACUGCAGUGUGCCAUGGAAGAAAAUUGCGUGGCGUCCCAGGCGUAUGAGAUACAGCGGGAUAAUCCCAACUGGCAUCUGGAAAGCAGACGGCUUCUAAAAUUUACGGCACGUGUAUUGAACACGGGGACGGCUGAUUUCAGGCCCAAUAUACCGAAGCACCUUUGGGAAUGGCACCUAUGCCAUAUGCAUUAUCACAGUAUGGAAGUGUUUGCCACAUUUGAUAUUUACGAUUCAAAAGGAGCUAAAGUUGCCGAGGGCCACAAAGCUUCCUUCUGUUUAGAGGACAAUCAAUGUUUGCCCGGAACGGAACCCAAGUAUGCAUGUGCGAACUACGGUGAUCAAGGAAUUUCCGUAAACUGUGCCGACAUCUACCGGCACAACAUCGACUGCCAGUGGGUGGACAUCAGCGAGCUGGAGUUUGGACUUUACACUCUGAGGAUUGCCGUCAAUCCAGAGUUUAAAGUGCCAGAAAUUAGCUACGAGAACAACGCGGCAGUCUGCUCGCUUUUAUACACAGAAACGUACGCCCGAGCUUAUGAUUGUAAAAUUAUGCGCCCCUAAUGAAUUCAUGAGCUAACGAAAGUUUAUGGCGUGAGAUAAGAUGAACAAUAAACAACAAUGUUACUGCAAUUAAGUUAAAUUGAGUUCAAAAUUAGUUGUGCUGAUAUUGGCCUUUCCAUUAUAUAAAGGAAGCAAUUAUAUCUAAUUUUAGGGUUUUUACAGUGCAUUUCAGUUAUAUGAAAAAAAAAGAAGAUAAUAAAUGAACUCAGGAUAGACAUGAAAGUUUUCCUUUAUGAGAAAAUAUUGUGAUAACAUGCUUGUUAACCGAUGUUAAAAGGAAAAGUUGGGCUAUGUUCCAGUUGAAUAAAUAGAAAAAAAAAGUCAAUGGUCACAUGGAGAAGCUCUCUAACUUCGACGAAUUUUCUCUAUUCAAUUCAUUUCCAAUAGUCUGAAGCAUCAAAAACUGUUUAAUCCUUUAUGUUCCAACCAGGUCAUCGGAAAGCGGUAACUUGUAAAAUUUUGUUUGUUUUUCCUAACACAAAAUGUUCGCGAAAAUUUGUUAUUCUAAAUAUUAUUAUGUAAUUAAGGUAUUUAUCUGAUUAAAUAUUCUGAGAAUAUGGAAAUUAUUGUGAAUGAAUCAUAUUUAUGACAAGUUUACUUUUAAAGAGAAUAAUGGUUUAUUAUAAAAAAAAAACAUAAUAUUGCUGGAAUUGACUUGGCAUAAUUAAGUCAAAUUCGAAAUCGGAGUUCUGCGUUUGAAGUAAUUAUACCCAUUUCACUGCCGAAGGUUACAUCAACAUUUUUUGCGAGAGCCUGGAGAAAUCAAUGCAAUAAAAAGCGAGGUGGGGGUUUCAGCGAGGGGGCCAUGCUGAUUUUUAAUUAUUUGUUUUUUUUUUUACAAAC